UAAAGAUCUAACCACAGAUUUGAGGAAGUCUUGAGUCUUUAACACACUCUGUGUCUUUAACCGUCUGACAUCAUUCAGUCAGUAUGGAGCUCAGUCCACUUCCUCUUCUGCUCUUGCUGAUCUCAAACAUCGUCUCUCAACAUACUGAAGAAAAACCAAAAGCCAGAGUGAGCAUCAAACCUGCUCAACAUGUGUUCAGAGGAGAGACAGUCACUCUCAGAUGUGAUGUAUAUAGUGAAGGAGUCACUAGCUGGCAGUACAUCUGGUAUAAAAACAGUUCAACCAGUGUUUUCAGUGACCUACAGGAACUCAUAUUCAGUUCUGUUACUGAGUCUGACGCAGGUAAAUACUCCUGUUAUGGAGCAGAGAGAGACAUAUCAUGCAUCUCACGCCUCAGUGAUGAAGUUACACUGACAGUAUCAGUUCCCAGAGCAGUGUUAAGUGUUUCUCCACAGAAGUGGUUGACUGAAGGAGAUUCAGUGACUCUGAUCUGUCAGGUUAAUGGUUCCUCUAUAGGCUGGACAUUCAGCUGGUUCACUGAAACUGUCUCAUCAGACAACAGCAAUCAAUAUAAGCAGCUCUCAGACAGCAGCAGAGGAGCUGGAGGACACUACACUGUAAGUUCUGCUGAUCUAAAACACACAGGAGUUUAUGUGUGUUCAGCAGAGAGAGGAAAACCAGCAUAUAACUCAACCAUCAGCAACACACAGCCACUGUGGGUCACUGGUGAGUUCAGACUGAACACAGAAUGA